AUGGCUUCAUCCCGCAGGAGAUGCAAAUCGGAGAUGAUUGUGGUCUCUGGAUGCCUUCUCGUGUUGGUCUUGAGAUUUCGACCUGUGUUGGCACGGGUGUGCAACGAUAAUGCCGGGCACAACCUGGAGAAAGCCUGGUACACGAAAGACGGCGAAGCAUUACCUAUCAUGGUCCUGAUGCCUAUGAAUGAAUCGGCGCUUAGGAGCAGCAUCAGUCAAGGAAUCGACCGUGCUGUCCAGCUCGCCAUUCAGCACAUACGAGAGUCCAGGCUGUACUCUUUCUCCCUAAUCCCCAAAAUCUACGACACUGAGUGUGACAAUGCCAAAGGGCUGAGAGCCUUCUUUGAUGCUAUCUGCUUCGGCCCCAAACACCUGAUGAUCUUUGGAGGGGUGUGUCCUUCUGUGACAUCCAUAAUUGCAGAGUCCUUAGAGGGCUGGAAUCUCGUGCAGCUAUCCUUUGCCGCAACCACACCUGUUCUAGCUGACAAGAAAAAGUACCCCAACUUCUUCCGGACAGUGCCAUCAGACAACGCUGUCAACCCAGCGGUGGUGAAGUUCCUCAACCACUACAACUGGACCCGUGUCGGGACCCUCACCCAGGAUGUGCAGAGGUUUUCUGAGGUGAGGAAUGACCUGACCAGUGAGCUGGAGAAGGCGGAUAUCCAGAUUGCUGACACGCAGAGCUUUUCCAAUGACCCCUGUGUCAACGUGAAGAACCUGAAGGACAACGAUGUGCGAAUAAUUAUUGGGCAGUUUGAUGAGAACUUGGCCUCCAAAGUGUUUUGCUGUGCCUACAACCUUAACAUGUUCGGCAGUAAGUACCAAUGGAUCAUCCCUGGCUGGUACCAGGAGAACUGGUGGGAUAAGGCAAACACCACCAACUGCACUGCCAAGAAGCUUCUGACAGCCAUGGAGGGUUACAUCAGCGUGGACUUUGAGCCGCUCAGUACCAGGCAGAUAAAGGGAAUCUCCGGAAGGACACCUCAGGAGUAUGAGAGGGAGUACAAUAGACAGCGGAUGAAGAAAGGGGUGGAGUCCAGCAAGUUUCAUGGAUUUGCUUAUGAUGGGAUUUGGGUCAUUGCCAGGACUCUGACCCGAGUCAGGGAGAUACUGAGGCACAGAGAGAGGCACAACCUCCACCAUAACUUUACAGCUGAUGACAGGGAAGUUGGGCGACUGGUCCAUGAUGUCAUGAACGAGACAAAUUUCUUGGGAGUGACGGGUCAAGUUAUGUUCCGAAAUGGUGAACGGAUGGGAACAAUUAAAUUUACACAAUUUCAAGAGGGUCAGGAGGUAAAAGUUGGAGAAUACAAUGCUAUCGCAGAUGUGUUGGAACUCAUCAACAACACAAUCAGGUUUCAAGGUAUGGAACCCCCUAAAGAUCGGACGAUUGUGCAUCUCCAGCGACGUCAGAUCCGGGUCCCACUCUACAGCAUCCUGUCUGUCAUCACCAUUCUGGGCAUGUUCAUGGCUAGCGCCUUCCUGUUCUUCAACAUUCAGAACCGUAACCACAGGCUGAUAAAGAUGUCCAGCCCUUACAUGAACAACCUCAUAAUCCUGGGAGGAAUGCUCUCCUAUGCCUCCAUCUUCCUUUUUGGCCUUGACGGGUCCUUGGUGUCUGACAAGGCAUUUGAGACCCUGUGCACGGUUCGUACAUGGAUUCUUACAGUGGGAUACACAACAGCUUUUGGGGCAAUGUUUGCAAAGACAUGGAGAGUUCAUGCCAUCUUUAAGAAUGUGAAGAUGAAGAAAAAGAUCAUCAAAGACCAGAAGCUGCUGAUCAUUGUUGGUGGAAUGCUGCUGAUAGAUCUCUGCAUUUUAAUCUGCUGGCAGAUCGUCGAUCCACUGAAGAGAACAGUGGAGGAGUACAGUCUGGAGGCAGAUCCACACGGACGAGACAUGGCGAUUCGACCCUUUCUGGAGCACUGUGAAAACAUGCACAUGACUAUUUGGCUGGGCAUCGUCUAUGCUUACAAAGGCCUCUUAAUGUUGUUUGGCUGCUUUCUGGCCUGGGAGACGCGUAAUGUCAGUAUCCCUGCGCUGAACGACAGCAAGUACAUCGGCAUGAGCGUGUACAACGUGGGCAUCAUGUGCAUCAUCGGGGCGGCUGUCUCCUUCCUGACCCGGGAUCAGCCCAACGUGCAGUUCUGCAUCGUGGCCCUGGUCAUCAUCUUCUGCAGCACCAUCACCCUGUGCCUGGUGUUCGUGCCAAAACUAUUAACAAUGAGGACAAAUCCAGACGCAGCCACUCAGAACAGGAGGUUGCAGUUUACACAGAACCAGAAGAAGGAGGACUCUAAGACCUCCACGUCCGUGGCCAGUGUCAACCAGGCCAGCACCUCCCGACUGGACAGCCUGCAGGCUAACAACCAUCAGCUCAGGAUGAGAAUAACGGAGCUUGACAAAGCACUGGAGGAGGUGACCAUGCAGCUUCAGGACACACCUGAGAAGACGCCGUACAUCAGCCAGAACCAGUACCAGGACACAAACAGCACCCUCAGCACACGAAACCUCAGAGACAGCAAAGAAGAAGACAGAUCAAUGUUGAAAAAUCACCAUGAGCAGAAGUGGGGCUCAGUGGACCCAUCCAGGACAAACAGGGGUCCCCUGGAAGACAUUAACUCACCGGAGCACAUACAGCGGAGACUGUCCUUGCAGCUGCCGAUUCUCCACCAUGCGUACCUCCCAUCGAUAGGGGGGGUGGACGCCAGCUGUUCCAGCCCCCCGGGGAGCCCUCUUGGUAGCCCACGGCACAGAGGGGCACCCUUGUCCUACGGAGUGAUGGUCUCAGGCCUGUGAGGACAACCAGAGAGAACUUGCCUGAAUUUGUUUUAGUUUUUUUGUGGUUUUUGCUUUGACUGAUGUAUUCAGCAAUGGGGGUGGGGCUUGGAAAAACCCUCCGCACCGUCCGCAGAGAGGCACCCAGCUCCAGAACACAUACCCCGUCCUCCCCAACUUCCUAAACUACAGGAGAGGGGGCCGGUGGGAACCUUUUCUGGCCUGUAGCCUUAUGUAUUUUAAAAAAAUACAAAAAUCUGUUCUUUUUUUAAAUACUUGACCAUGUGUGAACCUGUCAAAAUAUAAGAGUCUUUUACUGACAAUGCCUGGAUUAUUUUAAGGAUGUAUAAAGGACAAUUUCAGACAUGGUAGACACGAUUAAUAAAGGAAAUAACCAUGGCAGAUAUUUAAAUACCCUAGUACUUUUGGUAUUCAGAGUAAGCUCUGAGUUUAAAAUGACAGUUUUGGGGGACAAUGGGCUGAAAAUGUCAAGUUUGCAAUCAUGAAUGUGAGCGUGUGAAAAGUAGAAAAGACAAGUUUAUGCGAUGUUGGACUGAAUUUCAGUUUCUCCACUGGUGUUAUAAUGUGCAGGCUCAUGGCAUGGAGGAUGGCACACCAACAGAAAACAGUUAUUUAAACAGGAAGAUGAAUAUGCACAACUUUCUUGUAAUUUCCAGCAUUCAUUCUCAUUAAACGUGAUAAAAUAGCAGCGGUGGGCAAUUCCGGUCCUGGAGGGCCGGUGUGUAUGCAGGAUUUUGUUUACCCCAAUUACCCUGGCUACAUGAGCUAAUUGGCUGUAUACACCAACAUUGGUUCACUCGUAGAUUAGACCGUAUUAAACAUUUCAUACAGGGAUACAAGAAUAGGCCUUGGCUCUCAUUCAUCCAUACCAAAUAAUGUAACUACAAUGUCCGAUGGAGUAAAUGUGAGGGAUAGUUCAGAAAUUAAGGCCAGGAUUUGGCCUGAAAACCUGAAAUGGAUACAAACCUUGGUGCCCACUUCUGCCAUAUAGGUUUUAUGACAGCUACAUCAUCAGUUUGCAGCACAGACUUCAAUAACACAUCCUUCAAUGGAGGUCAGGGAACAUAAAUGACACAUCACUGAAUUUGAAUUGCUUCAUGUCAAUGAGGUUGUAUGAGUGAAAAUUUGUGAGUUCACUUCCAGUUAUUGAUUUAGGUUUAUCAAACCCUGACCCAAGUGACACUUGAUGUUUGUAGAGUGAUAUUGUUUGUGGUUGUCAUGUGAUCCAGGGGCACAAUCUAAUCAAUACAUCACAAUUCCUUUCAUGAGAAUACUACUGUACUAUGCAUGCAGAUCAAACCCCUGUACACAAAGGUCCAAUUUAGCACACUUUAAAUGCUUUUUUAACUGAGCAGCUAACAUACUGUGUUAGAAAAAAGUCCAAAACAAAGAUGGAAUUGGUGGAAGAAUAUGGUGCCUGUUAACCAACAUGAAUAAUUUUCUAAUAU